GCUCUCGUAUUGCCCAUGAUACAUUAGAGAAUACGAUUGUAAUCUCUUCGUAAUCUGAAGACAGACGCUAAAUCCUUCUAUUUAAAUUGCUUUAAACCUAUGAAUAGCCUCGCUCUCAGAUGAGAGCAUCAUAGCCGACAAACAUCGUAAUAUUCCUCGAUUAGAACGAGGUGUCUCCCAAGGCGGACGGUAUUCGGUCCGUCCACCUAUGGUCUGGCAGGUUUUUGCCUAGACUACGGAUAAAAUGUGGGAUGAAGUUGAUCCGUCUGCGCCGGUUAAGUAUGGCGCUGUCAUAGCGGUCACAGUGAUCUGCGUUGUUCUGUUGAGAAAAUGGAUUGCUGGGGGUGUGUGUCAAUCUUCAGUCCAAUUACGUGGCAAGACGGUAUUGGUCACCGGUGCCAACACCGGCAUUGGCAAGGAAACGUGCCGUGACAUGGCACGUAGAGGGGCGCGGGUGGUGAUGGCAUGCCGGGACCUGACACGGGCUGCGAGGGCGGCGGACGAGAUUCGUCAGACCACGGGGAACAGCAACAUCGUUGUGCGGCACCUGGACCUGGCCUCUAUGUACUCUGUCAGAGAGUUGGCCAAAGAGUUCACUGCCAGUGAGGAUCGCCUAGAUAUACUCAUCAACAACGCCGGUGUGAUGAUGUGCCCUAAGUGGCUAACAGAGGACGGCUUCGAGACACAACUGGCUGUCAAUCACCUCGGACACUUUCUACUGACCAAUCUCCUUCUGGGGAAGCUCAAGAGCUCCGCCCCUAGCCGUGUGGUCAAUGUGUCUAGCAUUGCACACAAAGGGGGUAAGAUCCAGUUUGAUGAUCUUUUCUUUGCCAAGAGGCCGUACAACUCCCUGGUCAGUUACAGGCAGAGCAAGCUGGCCAACAUGCUAUUCUCCAGAGAGCUGGCCAGAAGGUUGAAAGGUACGGGGGUGACGUCCUACAGCCUGCAUCCCGGGGUGAUCAGGACAGAGCUGACUCGCCACGUGGAGACCUGGUUCCCCAUGCUGAGGGCCAUCCUGUCAGCCCCCUCCAUGCUCCUCAUGAAGACCCCCACCCAGGGUGCCCAGACCUCCAUCUACUGUGCUGUCACCCCAGGACUGGAGCAGAAGUCUGGCAGCUACUUCAGUGACUGUGCCAUGACGGAGACCGCCCCAGAGGGGAGGGAUGAUGCGGUGGCCAAGAGGCUUUGGAAGGAGAGUGCCCGUCUGGUGGGUUACAUAGAGACUGAACAACCCCCUCCACCUGAAAACCAUAGAGAAAGACUGAACACCCCCUCCAUUUGAAAACUAUAGAGAAGACUGAACACCCCCCUCAAUCUGAAAACUAUAGAGAAAGACUGAACAACCCCCUCCAUCUGAAAACCAUAGAGAAAGACUGAACACCCCCCUCCAUCUGAAAACUAUAGAGAAAGACUGAACACCCCCUCCAUCUGAAAACUACAGAGAAAGACUGAACAACCCCCUCCAUCUGAAAACCAUAGAGAAAGACUGAACACCCCCUCCAUCUGAAAACUAUAGAGAAAGACUGAACAACCCCCUCCACCUUCAAACUAUAGAGAAAGACUGAACAACCCCCUCCAUCUGAAAACCAUAGAGAAAGACUGUACAACCCCCUCCAUCUGAAAACCAUAGAGAAAGACUGAACACCCCCUCCAUUUGAAAACCAUAGAGAAAGACUGAACACCCCGCUCCAUCUGAAAACUAUAGAGAAAGACUGAACAACCCCCUCCAUCUGAAAACCAUAGAGAAAGACUGAACACCCCCCUCCAUCUGAAAACUUUAGAGAAAGACUGAACAACCCCCUCCACCUGAAAACCAUAGAGGAAGACUGAACAACCCCCUCCAUCUGAAAACCAUAGAGAAAGACUGAACACCCCCCUCCACCUUCAAACCAUAGAGAAAGACUGAACAACCCCCUCCACCUUCAAACCAUAGAGAAAGACUGAACAACCCCCUCCAUUUGAAAACCAUAGAGAAAGACUGAACACCCCCCUCCACCUUCAAACUAUAGAGAAAGACUGAACAACCCCCUCCACCUUCAAACUAUAGAGAAAGACUGAACAACCUCCUCCACCUUCAAACCAUAGAGAAAGACUGAACAACCCCCUCCAUCUGAAAACCAUAGAGAAAGACUGAACAACCUCCUCCACCUGAAAACCAUAGAGAAAGACUGAACACCCCCCUCCACCUUCAAACUAUAGAGAAAGACUGAACAACCUCCUCCACCUGAAAACUAUAGAGAAAAACUGAACACCCCCCUCCACCUGAAAACCAUAGAGAAAGACUGAACAACCUCCUCCAUCUGAAAACCAUAGAGAAAGACUGAACAACCCCCCCACCUUCAAACUAUAGAGAAAGACUGAACAACCUCCUCCACCUGAAAACUAUAGAGAAAGACUGAACACCCCCCUCCAUCUGAAAACCAUAGAGAAAGACUGAACAACCCCCUCCAUCUGAAAACCAUAGAGAAAGACUGAACAACCCCCUCCACCUUCAAACUAUAGAGAAAGACUGAACACCCCCUCCACCUUCAAACUAUAGAGAAAGACUGAACAACCCCCUCAAUCUGAAAACUAUAGAGAAAGACUGAACAACCCCCUCAAUCUGAAAACUAUAGAGAAAGACUGAACAACCCCCUCCACCUGAAAACCAUAGAGAAAGACUGAACAACCCCCUCCACCUUCAAACUAUAGAGAAAGACUGAACAACCCCCUCCAUCUGAAAACUGGGAACUCAUGAACUUAGGACAGCCCCAACCCUCUCUGACAAACAGCAUCAACAGAUUGGACGACUGAUACCAAGGAAUCCUCAAGCCUCUCAAUAUAAAAGAAACCUGUAAGGAGUCUUCAAAAAGACAUGCAUGGGUGAUGUAUAGUUACCAGGUUGGGGCGUCCAUGCUUACCUUGGACAUUGCAGACUGAAAGACUAACAGACCUGUAGGAACUCAACUCAGGACAAAAAGUCCUUUCACCUCACUAUGCUGGAGAUCAGAUAUCCAAUAAAUUAUUUGGAGCAUCCAUCGCUAGUCAUUCUUGUAGAAUUCUGGCCCCUGUUAACAGGGGCGUCAUGUACCCCCAAAAUCUGAGGUUUUACAGGGGGAUCAUGUACCCCAAAAAUCUGAGGUUUAACAGGGGCGUCAUAUACCCCAUAAAUCUAAGGUUUAACAGGGGUCCCAUGUACCCCAAAAAUCUGAGAGGGCACAAAGUAUGUGAGGAUGGCUGGGGGAGUGGUUGGAUAAUUUAGCAAUUUUCAAACACCUGAAACAGCUUUUUCCUACAAUCUAGAGCCAUGAUCAUUAUGCUUAAUUUUAUGUUAAAAAUCUGUAUAUUUUUCUGCAUAUCUAAGCAUACUUUUUGAACUGUCUGUAUCCUCCUGACUGGUGGUUCUUUUUUUAAAGAAACUAAAUAUUAUUCUCUACAUCUCUGCCAAAAAUCUGGGUAAAAGAUUGAAAGGAAUGUGAGUCUUAUUCAGUACAUUUAAUAAUUCCUCUCUUUUCUAAAGUCUACCAACCUUGCCAGCACACAUGCCAGCUAAGAUAGUUAGACAAGCUAGCUACUCUAACUUGAUUGAUAGCCUGAAAUGGCUUCUUUAUAGCUAGUUGUGAGGUUGGGAGAUUGGGAACCUAUCUGGGCUAGCUAAAGCCAACUUCAGAAAAUUGCUAGGAGGCUAUUUAUUUUUUAUUUAUAAAAACAGGACUCAUCUGAGGGGCACGUGCCCCUGUGCCCCCUAUGGGCAUUAUACCUCUGCCUGAUAAUAUGAAUGUCAGUUGAGAGUGUUGUACUUGAUAGCUUAGUACAUUGGGGUGAAUAUUACACUGGUGAUCAUGCAUUUAAUGCAGUUUAACACAGAGUGUCAUGUUUAUGAAAUAAGCAGGUAAAUAGUAUAUUUGAUCAUUAGAGAUUGCAGGUAAUUAUUGCCAAGUAUUCACCUGGUUAUUUCCUGAGGGCACUGUAAAAGCAUGUUUAUCCUAAAUGUUCUCUGUAAAGAGUAGUUGUCUUUUAGAAUUCACUCCUGAAACAGGAAACUACUGAUGGUCAUUCUGCUUUUCAAGGAAGGAUCAUCUUCAAGGUCAUUUUGCAACGUAGCAACAAGGACAGUCUCAAAUAAAAUGUUAGCUUUGUUUCUGUUGUUACCUUAAUUUGAAUAACAAAAAUGUGUUUUGGUCAAACUGUAUAAAUGUGAUUCUCUUAUUCCAUCUGUAAAGGUUUUCUGCCAUGCAGUGAGUAGGAGUAACCAGCAGAGGGUAAUGUGUCCAUUAUAAUUGAGCCACCAGAGAGCAGUGUAGUCCACUUACCACGCAGUCAGCACCCUACAGCCUCUUUCCAGGAUUGCCGAUACUGAGUAGUAACUGAAUUGUUUUAAACUUACUACUCAGGUGUCCUGUCAUGUUCCCAAUGAAUCAUAUUUUUACAAUGGUGACAACCAACCUCUCAAAUAUAAUUUCUCAAUAUCCAAUAUUGUUCCAAGCAGUUCACAUCCAGAGACCCAUAAAAAGUGUGAAAUUGUUUUGUAUUGUGGGAAAGGGGGUUAAUUUCAUAAGCUAUGAUUGUCUAAAAAUAUCAGUGUCAGAGAAAUUAUUUUACAACAAGUGCUUUGAAAUAAAGAAGCUGAGACACACACUA